CACACACAGGGGGAAUUCAAAAAAUUAUUCACUCUUCCCCACCGCCUUGAAAGUUGCCAUCUGGGAGAAUUUGAAUUGACUCUCUUCCUCUCUCCCUCUCUCUCUCUCACUCUCUCUUGAGCGACAAUGCCCGGUGGCUCCAUAUUCCAAAUCAACCUCUCUGGGAUUUUGCCAGUUUUUUAUUUGCUCGCAUCUCUUCCCGUGCUCGCUCGCCUCUCGGCUUCGGCUCAAGUCGGGGAACAGAAAUCGACGGCGGCAGGUCCCAGCCAAGCCCGGAGGGGCAUGAAGACUCUCAUUUUGUUGGACGUGGAGAUCAGGGGUUCGAUUCGGAGCGUCAACGAAAACUUUCUAUCCAUUCAGCUCGACCCGGCGGUGUUGCACAAUGGUUGGAUCGAUUUUUUGAGCUCCAAGAAGCUGGUGACCUUGGCGAGAGGGCUAUCCCCUGCCUUUCUCUGGUUCGGUGGGAAAAGGACGGAUUUUCUGCAGUUCCAGAAUCAUCGAAACCUGGCGAAACACAGGGGAGAACUGGGGCCGGAUUUCUACCUCAAAAACUACGAAGACGACAUUGUUCGAAGCGACAUCGCCAUGGACAAACAGAAGGGCUGUAAAAUAGCGCAGCACCCGGACAUCAUGCUGGAACUGCAGAGAGAGAAAGCGUCACAGAUGCAGGUCGUCCUGAUCAAAGAACAUUUCUCCAACACCUACAGCAACAUCACAAUAACAGCCAGAUCUCUAGACAAACUCUACAACUUUGCCGAGUGCUCGGGCUUGCACCUGAUUUUUGGCCUCAACGCCCUGCAGCGGAAUUCCGACAACUCCUGGAACGGGUCGAGCGGCCUCAGCCUCCUCAAGUACUGCGCCAGCAAGAAGUACAAUAUAUCCUGGGAGCUCGGAAACGAGCCCAACAGCUACCGAUCAAUGGUGGGGAGGACUAUCAAUGGGAGCCGGCUUGGGAAGGACUACGUUCAGCUCAAGAACCUGCUUCAGUCCGUCCGGUUCUACACUAAAGCCAGCCUGUACGGGCCCAACAUAGGCCGACCGCGAAGGAACGCAGCGGGACUGCUGGACAGGUUUAUGAAGACAGCAGGAACAGUGAUCAACGCGGUGACAUGGCAACAUUACUACAUAGAUGGGCAAACCGUGAAGGUGACAGACUUCAUGAAAACCCGCCUCCUGGACACCCUCUCCGAACAGAUUGCCAAGGUACAGAGGAUCGUGAAUUCUCAUGCACCAGGGAAAAAAGUUUGGCUGGCAGGAGUUGGCCCGUCAUGGGCUGGAGGGACCUCAAACCUCUCGGAUACCUUUGCAGCGGGAUUUCUCUGGUUAAACACACUGGGAAUGUCGGCCAAACAAGGUAUGGACGUGGUUGUCCGAAAUUCAUUCUUUGACCAUGGAUAUAAUCACCUGGUGGAUCAAAACUUCAACCCACUGCCGGAUUACUGGCUCUCUCUGCUCUACAAGCGCUUGGUGGGAAACAAAGUCCUCAUGAUCCAAGUGGCAGGCCUCCAGAGGAGACCUCGGCCGGGACGGGUCAUCCGGGACAAGCUGAGGAUCUACGCCCACUGCACGCAAUCCCGCAACCACAAUUACCUGCGAGGAUCAAUCACCAUAUACAUCAUCAACCUGCACAGAUCAAGGAAGAAAAUCAAGCUGGCUGGAGCGUUGCGGGACAAGACUGUCCACCAGUAUCUCUUCCAACCUCAUGGAGAUCAGGGGCUGUUAGCCAAGUCAGUCCAGUUGAACGGUCGUCCCUUGGUGAUGGAAGACGACGAAACCUUUCCUGAAAUGAAACCAAGAACUCUUCGAGCGGGGAGGAUGGUGGUGAUCCCACCUCUCUCCAUUGGCUUCUACGUGGUAAAGAAUGCAAAUGCGCCCUCCUGCAAGUUUCGGUAGCCGAGCGGCCCAGCGUCCGAGAAGCUGCCUCCGUCUCCUCCAGCGAUGCUAAAAACAAGAAAAGAGAAUUAACAGCGGACUGUUUCCAUCCCUUCCCUCAACAUCAUCUGAAGCCAGGAUCUGGGAAGACUCCUCCAGGUGGACAUCACUGUCUCCCCCCCUCUCUUGUCCAUGUUGUUCAGAGUUGGUUGGUUCCUCUGGUUGAGAUCAGCUCUCACCUGAAAGACAGUGGGAUUGUGAUGUUGAUCCAUCCUUCCAAAAUAGGACUAAGGGAAACAUCCCAGAUUCAUGGAUUACAGCUGUAGGAUAUGGGUUACCCAACCAGAUUAAGUUCUAGGG